AUGAAGACUGUCCUCGUCCUCUCCAUUCUCUUCUAUGCUGCUUUUGCAGCUCCAGCUGAAGACAAAGAGAAAGCUCUAGAUGCAGCAGUGGUGGUCCCAGAGGAACAGAUGGCUGCUGCACUAGAGAUGGAGGAGACAAUGAUGAAAGAAGAAUUUGUGCCAGAAGAUUCUGCCCCUGUUCCCAUGAACGCUCGUAACUUCUGCCCAGACGGCUGGUUCAGCCACGGCUCUCGCUGCUUCCUGUUCGUCAACACUCCCAUGUCUUGGUACAAUGCUGAGGAGCACUGCAACGCCAUGGGUGCCCACCUCGCCUCUGUCUCCAACCCCAGAGAGUACAGCUUCCUUCAGCAGAUGACAACUACAGGUGGUCAGAGCAUCGCAUGGCUGGGAGGCUUCAGCCUGCAGGGCAAGUGGCUGUGGAUUGACCGUGAGGGAAUGUAUUACACUAACUGGUACUGCCAAGUAUCCUCCAGCAGCUACCCAUGCAUGUACUUGCGCAACAACAAUGGUUGGGGGAACACCCAGUGUGGCAAUGCUUAUCGCUUCAUUUGUUCCAAGAACAUGUUCGGCUGUUGA